AUGGACCUGCCAUGCAACUGCAUGGGGGUCGCCACGGCGGCCCGAGUCCCGGUGAAGCGCUACAACUUCCUUGUUCCCAGUGUUUUCCAAGCUGCCGAGGUGGAACCCAGCCUGGGACAGACCCCCGGCCCUGGGGUUGACCGGAGCGUGAAGAAGCUUUGCGAGUACCUGUUUCGAAAUGAGCAUCGCAUCCCCAAGGCCUCUCGGCGCCUGGCCAGGAGGCUGGCCAAGGACCUUGCCUCCCGGCGUGCGCCUGCCGGGCUCGGGCACCCAUGCCUGCAGCUGCAGCGCUGGGGCAUCAUCCCGGUCAGCCUGAAGGACAAGGCCGCCGCCGCGCGGCUGGCCAUGUGCAACGACAUCGGCGAGGCGGCAUACACCGCCUCGCGCAUCGCAGCCUCCUUUCUGGACCAGGUCAGCGUCCUGCCGCGCGAGGCAGAAAUCUGGGCCGCCAUCGAGGCGCGGUACCGAGUGCGGCGGGGGGGGAUCACCAGCGAGGAGUAUGUGGAGCGCAUCGCGCAGCGCCUCUUCAAUGCGGAGGUGGAGAGGGCGGGGCAGCGCAUCCUGCGCGACUUCCGGGACCUGAAAUUUGGGGAGAUCUGCCUGGAGGUCCCCAGUAGCACCGUGUGA